UUGCACAGGGAAGGGGUGUGGCCGCCUGGCCUUUCAUUACCAGUAAUACAGGAAAGGUGGACACACGGUGUGAGAUAGGAGGAGACAAGCACUAGUCAAACAGGAGGGACACAGACACGAGGGAGCAGGAGACCAGUAACAAGGCUCAGAGAUGCAAAAUAACUCCUCUCAUAUAAACUACGGAUUUUAUUAUGGAGAAGAGAGACCUCCAGUGCAAGUGCCUAGAAAUCCACAGGCAUAUUAUCCCCCUGUACCUCUGUACAGUAACACAGGACCUGCACCCACACCUCCCAUCAACACGCACUACACUGUCACAUCUGGACAUCCUCAUACCACAGUCACACGCAAAGGAAUCAGCAAAAUUCGGUGUCUGUGCAUAACAGCAGCGAUCAUCUUCACUAUCAUUGUUGUGGCGAUCGCAGCCGUGUUGAUCUGGUACUUUGUGUCAGGAGUGUGUGAGCUGGGACGGAGGUGUGGCCAGAGCAGUGCGUGUGUAAGUUUGUCUCAGUGGUGUGAUGGAAGGACGGAUUGUCCUGGCGGCGAGGAUGAGGCUCAGUGCUUUCGCUUCUACGGUCCGAAUUUCACGCUGCAGAGUUUUUCAAACGAAGACCAAAAAUGGAAGGUGGUGUGUUCAGACAGGUGGAACAACAACAUCGGGAAGCAAGCGUGCCAGCAGAUCGGAUAUUCCGGAUCUGACUAUGUUAGCUAUGGGACAAUAGACCCAGGCUCCAGCACAGCAGAUGGCUACAUGGCCCUCAAAGCCGAUUACUCGAACACACUUGGCUCUGGAUCUGUACACAGUUCUCUCUCAAACAACGCAAGUUGCCCAACGAAUAUGGCGGUGACCCUGAAGUGUAUCGAUUGUGGAGUAUCUGAUGCUCCUGGAACACGUAUCGUCGGAGGGACAGUGGUGAGCAGCCUGGGGCGCUGGCCAUGGCAGGUGAGUCUGCAGUAUAAUGGGAAUCACCUGUGUGGAGGAUCUAUCAUAACACCGUCGUGGAUCGUCACUGCUGCUCACUGCGUCAAGACAUAUUCGUCUCCGAAUCAGUGGGAGGUCUAUGCUGGGUAUCUGACCCUCAGGCAGAUGGCGCUCUCCUCCGGCAGCUCGGUCAGGCUGGUCAUUCCUUACCCUGACUAUGACCCCAGCAAUAAUAACUACGAUGUUGCGCUGAUGAAACUGUGGACACCGCUACAAAUUUCCAAUAGCAUCAGACCCGUGUGCUUGCCAAACACCGGGCUCGACUUCUCGACAUCAAGACAGUAUUAUGUUACUGGAUGGGGUGCGACUCAGGUUCAAGGUUCUGCCUCCAAUGAGUUACGUGAGGCUCAAAUCUCUCUGAUCAGCCCGGCUGUGUGUAACAGCCGGUCGGUUUAUAACGGAAUAAUCACCGACACCAUGAUCUGUGCAGGCAAACUGGCGGGGGGCGUGGACUCGUGUCAGGGGGACAGCGGGGGUCCUCUGGUCACUUCAGAGAAUUUUCUGUGGUGGCUGGUGGGAGACACUAGCUGGGGUCAGGGUUGCGCUCUCCAAAACCGGCCGGGUGUUUAUGGAAACAUGACGAUCUUCGUCAACUGGAUUUAUAUGCAAAUGAAGAAAUAUUAAUUCAGCGUCUGGGUGAAUUGGAUGGACCUCGUGGACCUUCAUUUCAGAGUUUCAGAGCAACUUCAUGAAGGACAGUUUGAAGAUAUUUUUAUUCUGUUUUAUUAGCAGUAUUUCCUAAUCAUUUAUAUUGAUUUAUGUCUAUUUUUGUAAUAGGAUUUUAAAAGAUUUUGAAUUAAACUUGUGUCAGAUAUCUGUCGUUUGCAGUUUUAAACACUUCAACUAUUUAUUACAACUAUUUUUUUGUCAAAAAUGUCUUUAUUGAAUUUUUUUUCUUUUUUAAAUAAAAUAUUUUCCAGAUGUGUUCAGUCAUAUGUACAACUCUGUGUAUUGUGCUCCAAGAAGCCAACUUGAUUUUCAGGACUGUUCAAAUUUACUGAAGCUUUAUUUGCACAGCCUUUUUUUAAACACAAACACGAAUGGUGUGUGUGGCAGAGAAAAAGGCCUCAUUUCACUUCCUGCACUGCUUUUAUUGCUUUAUAAAGACAGCUUUUUGUGCUUUACGUAGAACCUAAAAAUAGCCAAUAAACGUUAAUGAUAUUACAGAAUUCCCUCUGCAUUCCCUCUCUGUCUCUGUACAUAUCACACAUUACUGCUUCUUGUAAAUGGAUUAAAAAGAUUGUUGUAUA